AUGUCAAUUCAAGUCAACUGGGACACUCUCACAGGCGGCGCAGACGGAGCCGCUCGCACAGAAACGAUACGCGCGUUCAUUCAUGACAAAUUCCAGCAGGUGACGCUGCCGCGCUUCAUCCGCUCCGUCCACGUCCACUCCUUUGACUUCGGCAGCGUACCCCCGGAAAUUGAGAUCAAAGAUAUUUGCGACCCACUUCCGGACUUCUACGAAGAGGACGAAGAUUAUCCGGACGAAGAUGAAGCUGAGAAUGAGCAGGAGCAGGAGCAGGAGCACGACCGCUCCAGGCCUGACGAGACUGGCCAUCACAUCCCUAGCACUCCUGCUAGCCGUCCACCCAUAGAGCGACGUUCGAGGGAGACAGCAAAGGGCAAUACGAGACCGCCCGCCAAUCGAAGCUUGUUAUCUCCCGCUGAGCAUCUCCUCAGUCCUCUUCUUCCCAGAGCCUCCACUCCAGGCAUUCCAGGUGGCACCUCCAACAUCAACUACUUCCAUCUUCCGCUAGGUGCAGGCCUUUCCGGUGCUACGACACCUCUUGCUGCCGUGGCCGGCGCACAGUUGCAGGGUUGGCUAGAUAGUUCUUAUGGCCGGCCAUCAACACCAACCAAUAUGCGUCUUCGACACGCUGCCUCGACAAACUCACUGACACUCACACCGCAAUCCAACCCAGAUCCCAGCACUCGUCCUUCUUCACGGCAUCAGCAUGAUGAAAGGAGAGAAUCCCUUGCCGAGUCGGACGGCACUUCUUCCCCGCACAGCUACGGUAGGACGCCGUCUGCAUCACCGCAUCGUCUGCGUGAUAAGAGUCCUGAAGACCUUCAGGUCGUCGCCCAUGUGCAGUACUCCGGCGAUAUCAAAAUGUCGCUAACCGCAGAGAUUCUGCUGGACUAUCCCAUGCCAAGCUUCGUUGGCAUUCCUCUAAAGUUGAACAUCACUGGGCUCACCUUUGAUGGUGUUGCUAUACUGGCAUACAUCAAGAAGAGGGCACAUUUCUGUUUCCUGUCUCCAGACGAUGCAGAUGCACUGGUCGGUAGCGAAACGGCCUUUAGCGGUCUCCAAACCGACUCUCAAGGCCAGAACCCACGUCCUGUACAGCGACCAAAGAUCGGAGGUCUGCUCGAACACAUCAAGGUAGAAAGCGAGAUUGGAGGACAGGGCAGCGGCAAGCAGGUACUCAAGAACGUAGGGAAAGUGGAGUCAUUCGUCCUGGAGCAGGUCAGGCGCAUCUUCGAAGACGAGUUUGUUUACCCGAGCUUUUGGACAUUCCUCGUCUAA